GAGGGAUCGUGGUAAGUCCCGUGACCGAUUUACCGGCCGUCCGGCUCAUACGGUAUCCGAAUAUGUCUGACACGCCGGGGUGGAAAAUAUCGUUUAAACGAAACAUAUGCGGACAAAAUUGCCAAAAGGGAAUCUGUACGAAAACUUUACGGAUUUUGUUACCAACUGACAAAGAGGAGAGAGAGAGAAAAAAAAAAAAAAAAAAAAAGAAAGAGAAAGAGAGCGGGUGAAGGUUGAGCGAGUUUUGUGAAGGAAGAUAGCUAUGGCGUCUUCAACAAGCGAACAACGGAAUCCUCUGGUUCCAGUCGAGUACACUAAAGGCGUUAAUGGCCUUGACAAGGUUAUUCUUCGCGGGCUUCGUGGCGUCUCUGCCGAGAUGUACCUCUAUGGAGCUCAUGUCACUUCUUGGAAGAACGAGCAUAAACAGGAGUUACUUUUCGUAAGCAACAAGGCUAUCUUCAAGCCCCCAAAACCAAUUCGUGGAGGCAUAUCAAUAUGUUUCCCUCAGUUUGACACUCUUGGUUACGUUGGAGCUCAUGGAUAUGCUAGGAAUAGAGUUUGGAGUGUUGAUCCCAACCCACCGCCUUUACCCAUGACUUCACCUACUAAUUCUUAUGUUGAUUUGCUGCUAAAGCCCUCUGAAGAAGAUCUGAAGAUUUGGCCUCACAGUUAUGAGUUUCGUCUGAGAAUAAGCUUGGGUCCUGGAGGAGAGCUGUUGCUGACAUCACGUGUUAGAAAUAUUGAUUCGAAGCCGUUCUCCUUUACAUUUGCUUAUCACACCUAUUUCUCUGUUUCAGACGUCAGUGAAGUCAGGGUAGAAGGACUAGAGACUUUGGAUUAUCUUGACAACACGAAGAACAGGGAGCGCUUUACUGAACAAGGGGAUGCCAUCACAUUUGAAGGAGAAGUUGACAAGGUAUAUCUCAGCACGCCCUCUAAGAUUGCAAUCCUGGAUCAUGAAAGGAAAAGGACAUAUGUGAUUCGUAAAGAUGGACUACUAGAUGCUGUGGUGUGGAAUCCUUGGGACAAGAAGGCUAAGGCCCUUGCUGAUUUUGGAGAUAAUGAGUACAAACAUAUGUUGUGUGUGGAAGCUGCUGCAAUCGAAAGGCCAAUCACACUCAAGCCAUGUGAGGAGUGGACAGGCAGACAGGAAAUAUCUACUGUUCCAUCUAGUUACUGUAGUGGGCAGCUUGAUCCUCAGAAAGUUCUUAUGGGAAACUGAAGUUGUCAUCAACAUCUUGUACAGGGUGCGUCUUUGUUGGUGUUCUUUGUCAGUGCUCUUUGCAUAAUGAAGUCGGAGCAUUGAAGUAGGAUUCAUGCAGGGUUUACUCCAUCAAGUCUUUGUUUUCCUGGGUUUUCUACAGCGGGUAUACUGCGGAUUUACUCAGUUGAGAACUUGGUCAAAUAAUAUCGCGUUAUAAAUAGAUGACUAUUUUUGGUGGCAUGUCAAGGCGGAACAUGUGCGUAGACUAUUAGAGUCAAUACACCACUGAUUGAGGUUACAGAACUUGCAAAAUGUAGAUGAACAAAAGCUGUUGCUUUCCUUUUUGACAUAAAUUUUGAAAGCAUAGAUUCUGAUUUUUGAAGCAUAUAGAUUUAUGUUAACAAAUUGAUCCUAAACUCAGGGCCUUUAUCUUAUUUCAAUUGGGUUUGGUUUAAUUGCUGAAUGAAUUGCACAGCGCAUGGUUGCAUAUGA